CAUCAAGAUCAGGUUCAAGCUCAGACCAAUGGAAGGGGAGUGACAUCCGAGGCCAAGAAGUAGAACAUUAAAAGAUCGUAAUUAUCGUGGCGUAGAGGCGGUGUCAGGGGCGAGGCAGCGGAGGAUGGGUGCGCGGUGACCUGCUGCCCCUAUUAAAUCACCGGAGUGACACCGGACAGCCACACCACCACCACUCACCACCGUCAUCACCGCCACCAUGCUCACUGUCGCCUUCUACUCCAACUCCCCGCCCUUAGUGUUACCCCAGGACUCAGACCAAACCACCGAGGACAUAUUAGUGGCAGCCGCACGUAUCCUUGGCAUCAGUCCCCUAUGCCGCCACUUGUUUGGCCUCAAGAGCCGUGCCACUGGGCUCUGGGUCACUCUGGGGCGGCUGGUUGCCAAGCUGCCACCCAACCCCACACUGCAGUUCCGCCUUCGCUUCAAGCCGCACUCCCUCGACCACCUCAAGGCUCUCGACCGAUGUGCUUUCGACUAUCUCUUCCAUCAGGUGAGAGCGGACUUCUUGGCGGGUGAGAUCCCUGAGCUGAUCAAACACCCCGAGGAUGGGCUGGGUUUGGUCGUGACGGACAUCCUGCUGCACCUCCUGAACCACCCGGGCAAGAAGGUUGGGGACAUCGACCUGAAGAGCUUCAUGCCGCGCGAGCUGAAUGGGAUGGCCAACAGACUCAACGUGAAGAGGAACGCCGAGAAGUUAGUCGAGACCUGCCAGCACCGCGAGGCAAGCUUUGUGCGGGAACGGUAUCUCUUCAAGGUUGAGGAGAGCCAGUGCACCUAUGGGAGUGAGGAGUUCAAUGUGCAGCGUGACGAGGGCGGGGCGGUGCACAAUGGGCGGCUCUGUGUGGACCCGUACCACCCGGAACAACCUGGCCUACGCUACAGCCACGCACCCCACAAGAAGGCUCUCUGGUCACAUCUCUGCCGUAUUGAGGACCUAGUGUUCGUGACGACGCGCUCACAGGACCUGACGGUGGAGAUAUCCCGCAAGACUGGGGUCCCGUGCUACUUCAAACUGUUCUCCACGGAUGAGCUGGAGGCCUUUGUUGGGUGUCUUACUGGAUACUACCGGCUGAUGUGCACCUGGACGUUUGACCUGUGCCGGGAGCUGUCCACGCCCUCACUGGUCUUCCUCCGCACCAACAAGUGUCAUGGGCCAAUAGGGUCGUCAGUGUCGGCCAGGAAGCUACAGGACAAGGGCGGGGGUGAGGUGGGGGUGGGCCUCCUGCGCGAGUCCUCCAUGGAGUACGACACCUUCCUCCUCGACGUGGUGAUGGAGGCCAACGCUCCGCCGGCCACCUACACCAUACUGAGGCAGGGGGACAAGUUCCACCUUCGCGACACCCAAGAGUUCUUCGACAGCCUGGCGGUGAUGAUGAGGGAGUUCAUAAGACGCCCCGACACCCCAGUGAGGCUGACCCGCGUCCUGCCUUCCUCAGACUACGACGACACACAGCAACUACUCCUGUGUGCCUUGGCUAACAGGGAGGUGCUGCGACAGGACUUGUCUGGACCCAGGGUGAUCAGCAUGUCGCACCUGUCCUCGGUGGAAGACAACAUCACUCGAGGCCGCUUCUCGGAUCUCAUUGUAGCGCAGUGGACCGCCGAGAAGAACAAGGAAGUGGCUGUUAAGGUUCCAAGACUCCACACCAUUGAGGACACAGAGCGCUACCUUGCCGUCAUGAACCAGUUCCUCUUCGUGGGCUGUGACUGUGUGGUGGCCAUGCACGGAAUCACCCUCAGUCCCCUCGCCCUGGUGAUGGAGUACCUGCCCCUCGGACCCCUCAACGUAUACCUCAGGGAACAUGACAGGGAGCUGAAGGAGGUGGACUUAGUGGAGGCAGCGACACACUUGGCCCGCGCUCUUUGGUACCUCAACGUGGAGGACAUACACCACAACAACAUCCGCUGCCACAACAUCCUGGUGGCCGAGCACACUGACCAGAGCUUCAAGGUGAAGUUGAGUGAUCCAGGGCUGGUGAGGUAUGACCAGCAUGACCUCCACUGGAUCCCUCGUGAGCACCACAUGCACCCUCCCCUGGCCCUGCACGACCCCACCACCGACAUUUGGGCCUUCAGCACCACCCUCUGGCAGAUCUUCUCCCUUGGGGCUACACCGCUCUUUGACGCCGACAUGGAGGAGGUGCGGAACCUUUAUGCGACUGGUCUUGUGCUGCCCAAACCUGAUAAGUGCUCCACCGACCUCUAUAAGGUGAUGCUGCGCUGCUGGUCUGCGGAUCCCCAGGCUCGACGGCAACCCCAGGCGGUGAUGCGUGAUGUGAACCAGAUACUGUACCAGGUGUUCAACUCGAGGCAGAAACAUGCCUACCAGACCAUCUGCACGGACUUGGCAGAUGACUCCGAGGUGCAGAGGAUGAACGGUGCAGGGGAAGGGGACGCCAUGUUGAGUAGCAGCGGGCCUGAUGAUGACGCCACAUCCGUCACCACCCAGCUCACCACCCUCACCUAUGCGGACGGUUCUGUGGCCCAGGUGACCUUGAACCAGCUGCCUGACCUAAUGGUGGAUGACCUCAUCUCCCUGGCCGCCACGGAGUUCCGACCACACGGCUACUCCACUGGGGCCGCCUUUUCGCCCCCAAUCACCACACAGUCUAGGCCCGUCAGACCCCUCAAUGAGCUGCUGCAGUUCUCAGUGUCAUCGCCCCGCCUGCCGCCCCUCCCCGCCCUGCCUUCUAAGCCCUUGCACCUUGACAAGUCGGACAUCAAGUUUGGCAUCAAGAUUGGAGAGGGUAACUACGGGGAGGUGUACCGUGGGCAGAUGACGGAUGCCCAAGGACGGAAGGAGACGGUGGCCAUCAAGUCACUCAAGGCGGUGGGGCAGACGGACGACCUCAAAAGAGAGUUCCGGAUCAUGCAGAAACUGAAGCAUCGUAACAUCGUGCGUCUGUGUGGGCUGGUGGACUCGGACGAAGCGGACAUGUACGUGGUGAUGGAGUACCUGCCGAUGGGGUCACUCAAGGACUACCUCAAGACCCACCGUGAGCACAUCAACAACUCCAUGCUGCUCAAGUUCUCCAUAGACAUCGCUGAGGGAAUGGAUUACCUGGAGCAGUCCCGCGUCAUCCACCGAGACCUGGCUGCGCGCAACAUCCUGGUGGCUGACCAAUACACAGUCAAGAUCACCGACUUUGGACUGGCGCAGGAACCCAACAAGGGCCACUACUACAUCAGGCAGACCAACCGCGCCCUGCCUCUCCCCUGGUACGCCAUUGAGUGCAUUGAGACGGGCAAGUUCUCCCACAAGAGCGACGUGUGGUCUUACGGAGUCACCUGCUGGGAGAUGUUUACCCUCGGACAGGAGCCUGACCUCCCCCAGAAGCCUGAAACACUUAUACAGAUGCUGAAGAACGGCAAGCGGCUGAACCUGAAGCCUCCGUGCCACCCGACCAUCUACACCGACCUGAUCCGGCCAUGCUGGGACGAGGACCCGGACCUGCGCCCAAACUUCUCCGCCUUGAUCCAGGUGGUGAAGGAACUGCAGGAGGAGGACCUGUGAUGUGUGUGUGUGUAUGGAUGUAUGUGUGAGUGUGUGUGUGUUUUACUAUGCUCGAGCCUGUUCACUCUGUUGGGUCAUGCAGUGUCAGGCUCAAGCUGCAAUAUUUACACCAAAGUCUCAGAGGAUUAUGCAACCAAUCAACAUUUGCCAAAUUAUUCCUAAAUGCCUUUUCAUAUACAGUAAGUCCUGACCAGGGCAAGAUCAAACGGCAAUUUGUGAGUGGCAAGAGUUACAAAAUAUAAUACAGAUGAUUUUGAUAGGGCAAGUAGGUCUCAUAUAGCACAAACCUAAAUAUGGCAAGAAAUAGUUACGUGAGAAAACUAAAUAUUUCGGGCCAUAGCAUCUAAUAUUGCAGAUUUAAAUAGUAUAUGCUUGUGUAUCCUCCAAAUUAUCUCACUAUUCUGGACCCUACUGUAGCCUUCUGGUUCACAUCAUUCAGGAAAUGGCUUCAUGCAAGACUCACAACUCCAGUCACAAGUUGUUUCACUGUCAGGAGAGCAUCGUUUUGCCAAGUGUUGCUUAGCAAGUCGGUACAGGCUAGUAAGUGUUCAAUUGUUGGUUCACAUUCAUCCUGCUUUUUGAGAAAGUGUAGGGUAGGGUGGCCAGUUUACACACAUCCCUCCAGUUUUAACUACAAGAAAAUUAUUUGAGGUAUACACUGAAAAUGAGUUCAAUAAUUCGUCUGUUUUAGCUAUUUCAUCUCCAUAAAUCGGUAUAAUUUCCAGAGUGUUUAUUCCCGGUGAUAUAAGCAUUCCUUGGAAGGCUGCGUACAAAAUGGCAAAUCUACCUUACACAUUAGAGGCAGGUGGUCCUUGUUCUCAAAAGUAAGUUUUAUGCCACUAGUUUGUCUAGAUUUUAAAUAUGUAUCCUAGUGCAAUGCAGUAUGUUACUUUCCCACUGAUUUCUGCCUCAAUUAACACACAAAUGAAGGUCACUCGUGAGAAAUAACUACAGUACUGAGUUUUGCACUUGUGGCAUAUGAUGCAGCAAAAUAAUUGUGCCAGUAUUGCAUUGUUCCUGUUUUCAUCUUGCUAACCAGUUUUAUAUAACUCACUCUUUGCACCAAAUGUGGCCACAGAGACGGUGUUCUGAUACACUCUUUGGCGUGCACACAUUUCAUGUCAAAAUAUUUCCUGCAGCCAGCACCAGAGAGUACAUUGUAGCAGAGGAAUCAGUUUGUUCAACAAUUCCAUAAUGCUCUGUGAUAAUUAUGUUUUCAGGAAUUAGGGAGUAGUUUUAAGUUUUACAAAAUGAGGCAGGUAAUGCAAAGUGUUUGUUAAGUUUAAGUGGAAUGAUAAAGAGCUGCACAGAGGGUUUACUGCUGCAAUGCAAUCAGGAAGAUCUUGAUAGCGAAGCCUUUUGUAUUUUCUCUAAUUCUGGACCGGAUUUCAAAAGUUUUAAAGCGUAACAAGCCACAGGGGAACACUUUGCAGGGACUGUUCUGUCAUUAUUGCAAAUUCAUUAUCCCAAAAAUUAUAAUUACAGUUCAAGAAGCAGAACAAAGACAAAUGGUCUAAGUUCAAUAUGAAGAGUGUAGUGUAAUCAUAGGUGGAAAAUGUCUGUGUUUAGGCGAGAGGUUAGUAACAGGUUGUUGCACACUGAUGUACUUUCAGUAGUGUAAAAGAUUCUUAUACAAAUAGGAGAUAAAAGCUAUUGAGUACAUGUGAAUCACCACAAGCAAAAUAAUUGUGGGUAGUUUACUGAUAAGUAUGUGAGGUUAGAUCCAUGUAAGAUAUUCAUAAUGACUGUUUUGAAUGUGUGGUAGACAGGUAGACUUCAUUGUCUUGGUAGCAAAUGAAUGUUGUUCCUUCCAAAUAGUACCUUUUGUGGGACCUUUGAAGAGGAAAGAAUCAGAAUGAAUUUAUAGAAGAGAGUAAAAGGAAGACAAUGUGUUGAUGCCAGCAUAGUCAUGGCACACGAGUGAGGGCUGCAUUAUUGUGUCUGGCAACUUUGUCACAGUGUGUCAUUUUGUGGAUAAUAUAUGAGAGCCCACACUAGGAAACAGAUGCCAGUACCAGUAAUAUGCAGGCAACAGUGAUGAAUACCAUCAAUUAUAGUCAAUUUUGAGUUUCAAAUUAUUAAUUCUGUCAAGACAAGUGUUUUGUUAAUUUGUAAAAUCACUGAUUAUGAAUAUUAAAUAGCCUAGGUGCUGCCCUCCACCAGGGAAAGUUGUAAGCUUUAAAAAUACAUAAUGAUAAUUAUUAUUAUUACAAUAAUGUAAUUUAAAACCUUCUACUUCUUCCAGUGGAGGGCAGAUCCCAGGCUGCUUAAUAAUCAUAAUCAGCGAUGUUUAACAAAAGAGCUAUCUGCGGCAGUAUUAAUAAUUUGAAGCUCAAAAUUGACGGUAUUUGUCAUUGUUGCCUGCAUAUUACUGACAUUGAUGACUAUUUCACAUGUGUAAGCCAUCGUAUAUUAUCCACAAAAUUGGACACGCUGUGUGACAGCGGGUCACCAGAGCACAACAAUCCACACUUUGGAAUUGUGUGUCGUGACUAUAGUCAAUGAGGAAACCAGCAUAUCAUUGCAUCCCCUACACAUAACUAGGCAAGGUCAUGUGUAUUGAGUUAGGUGCUUGAGGAGAGCAUGUAGGUUAACUAUACUGUAGGAUGGUGAGAGUAGUGGAAAAAGAGAAUGCAAAUAGUCCUUGAGUUACAAUGUACGUGACUUACAGUCUUUCUCAUUUAUGAUGAAGCCACCAAGUUAGUAAUAAGACAAGUUGCUUGCCACCCAACACCAGAAUUGAACCAGUGGGCAGACUUGGCCCAGUGGGGAUAGCUGUGACUCCAUUCGGUGUGGUUACCCACACCAGAUAGUCACAGCUCCUCUCACUGAGCUAGGUUGGGGAAGAAAGGGAAAUGGUGAUUUGCCUCCUUAUAGACCUUUGGAUAGUGAGGUGGGCAAGGACGUCAAUGUACUGGUUUGAUUCUGGUGCUGGGUAGUAAGCAGGCUAAUGAUAUCAGUUAUACUAGGUUAAGUAAUGAGUCGACAUUUCAAAUAUCCCGCUGCAGAUAGAGCAGUUGCUUAUUUACCUGUGCAAUGAUUUGUUUAGGCGUUUAGCUAACACUGCCAUCUUGGCAAAAAUUCUUAGCUCUGCUGUGUAAAGGUGGACAACACAGGGCUUGGGUGGGUCAAGUUAUUGGGUAGGGUGGGGUUAGGAGGCAUGGCAAAGCUGUGAAAACAAACAGCUGCACUAUCCACAGAGGGCUAUUUGAAUAAUAUUUUAAUUUAUUUUCUAACGUAAAUUUAGACUUUUGAACAGUUUGGCUGUCCGUUGACCUGCAUGUCAGAACCAAACACCAUCGUAACUCAAGGACUAUCUGUAGAGGUGUUGUGAUGGGAACAUAAGGUGUUGCAUGAAUGGUGAAACAUUUUUCAUUAAGGCAGCUCAGAUGUGUGAUGAUGAGGAUGUAGAAUGGCAAGUUGAUGAAAGGAGCUUGUGGCAUUCAAGUAAAAGGGUGUUUAGUGAACAGUAGACUUCAUAUAUUGCUGGAGUUUAAGUAGAGGGAAGGGUAGGUCUUUUUGUUUAAAAGGGAGUGUAUGAAUAGCAACUAUACUGUCCAUAUCCAUACCCUGUUAAUUUAUAGCUUGCUAUGGGAGCCUGGGCUGCUUUAGUAUGCUUGUCACUGUUUGGACAAGCUUACCAAAGCAGCCUGGCUGCAAUUACAAGCUGCAAAUAAACAGAGUACAACUUAAAGUGUAAGUGUAAGCUGUUUUCAUAAGCUUCAUGGUGGUUUGAGUCAGGCCUACUUGCAGGAAUAUGAGGUGGUGGAUGUAGGACCAGAAAUAUUACUGCAUAUUGAUGUGGCAGACCAAGACUUGCAAAGUACUGAAGAAAAACUAUUUGCAACUUCAGUUUCAAUAUGUCUGUGAGCCACAUCCCCUCCUGCUUGGCUGUCAGCUGGGGCCAAAUUCAUCAAACCAUUUACGAGACCUCUUGUUGGUAAGUCAUCUGGUAAUUCUCUUCACUGUGAACGCUCUCUGUGUUUAUGCACUCCAGUGGCAACAGUCACUUCAUUCAUCGCCUUCAGCACUGCCUGAACACAAGGAGCGUUCCUAGUGGAUGAAGUUACCAUGAGACUUACCGACGAGAUCUUGUAAACGGUUUGAUGAAUCCCCCCCCUGGAAAGCAAGAGAGUGCAGCUUACAGAUACAUUGAGAUUAGAUGGAAUAAAGCUCUUUCAUAACUUGUUGGAGGUCCUCUUAUGUCUGGCCUCCGUAAACCACAAAGGCUGAAGGCAAGAUAUUUUCAAUGUCACAAAAUGCUAAAGAAAUGAAGAUGAUUGAUUAAGCUAUUAAGAUAAAGCCAGCGAGCAACAAGACCAGCUUGGCUUAUAACGAGGACCUCCAAAGACAGUAUAAUCUUAAAGUCCUGCCAGCUAAGCAACAAAUAGUACUGUGCAUGUCAUUGCCUUGGAACGACUGCUCUGGUGCUUUUCAAGUCCUGCCUCACCACACCUUCUAUAGCCUAGCAUGAGUGCCCCUAAGAAGAUUAGUGUUGACCCUGGCAGAUGCUGACCCACACUAAUAUUUGACAAAGGCUAGUGCUCUUACUACUUUUAUUCCGUCUAAUGUUAAGUGGUGAUGUUAGUUUUCUGGUGCCUGUUAUGAGAGGCCAUGCUAUUGGUCCUCCCAGGUGUGCAGGUGUUAAUUAUGUACCUGUGAUUCUGAUUGGGCUGUUAGUUUAGCGAGCAUAGACAACUCAAUGUCUCAAAUUCUACAUAUCUUGUAUUUUAACAUUUUGCCCUAAUUUGUGUACUAUCUGAUUCCUAAACUACAUGUAUGUUUUAUAAUGAACAAUUUAUUCAGUUCUCUGUAGUGAUCCUUUAAAAUUAUUAGUUCAUGCUUUUUAAAUACAGUACAAAGAUGGGUUA